UACACAGCAUCUCUUCAAAUCAGAAUUCCAACAAAAUGAAAUACGUGUCGGUUUUUUUUAUUUUGUGUCUGGCUUGUCAUUUAUCAACACCUGUGAAAUCAACUUUAACAGAAGACUUACAAGAGAUCCUGGAUUCAAUAGAUAUAAAACCAAUUAAGAAAUUGGUUGCACGCUACGAAGAACAGAUCCAAUAUUUUAGAUGUGUUUUACAUAGCAAAGAAUUUGAUGAUAUAUUUGAAACCUUUGUGCAAGACUCCGCAGUAACUGAUUUAUUGAUGUAUUUAAAAAAUUUACUAGAAAUGUCGCUAGAUAAAUUUCUCGAAAUGUUCAUUUCCGAUCCAUCAUUUUGCGGGUCGAAUAGGUCGAAUAGUGUUUUCGAUUGGCCAGGAUUUAUUGCUGAAUUUUUUGCCUACUAUCCCGAACAACUUGUACGUAGUCAUAUUGCUGCCAAAGUUGCACAGAAUGGAACAUUUGCUCAGUUAUGGACCCGUGUAAAAGCCGUGGGAGAAGCAUAUAAUCGUGUAAUGUCUUAUCCUGCAUCACAAGUAGUUAUCGCUCAACUUGAAGCGAUAGGCGUAAAUACUACUGAAAUCGAUCAAUUCAUUCGUACACAACUUGAUUGGGUCAAUGUAAAUACCACUACACCAACAUCUGGGCAGGUAGUUUCUUCAGUAUAUGGACCACUUAAAUAUGAAUCAGCUAUAUUUAGACCAUCAAACUGA